CGCGCACACACACACGCCACACACCACACACACACACGCUCUCACACAGCGGAGUGUAGCUGAGAGACAGGGACUGCAGCAGCAUGCACCAGCCGCGUCUGAUCUGUGUGGUGACAUGAGGAAGAAGAACUGGGAAGAGGAUAUAGCGUAGCAGCGUCUUACACAACCCAACCCCCAUGCGUACGGUAGCUACGUCUCUGCUCUGCAGCAGUGGCAACGGUGCAUUUCAAGAGCAGACAGCUUAUGUUGUCUUCCCCCUCUGACUGCACUGCCUCUGCAUCCAUCCCAUUCACUCUGUUCMUCCCACUCCACCUCUUCCUCAUCCUCCCAACCACGGCAUCAUUAGGCAGGACUACAGACCGUCCGGGAUCACCAACGGCAAUCACUGGAUGCUCAGGUUUGCCCUCUCUGAAGGAGUCGUGGUGGAGAUGCUAAAUCAUCAUUACCUCCAUUAACAACCGGAUUCUAAUCUAGCUCAGGAGACAAGGAGAAAAAAAMCCACCCCAAACAACGAAAAAGGAGUCUUAGAUGUUUGUGACGCUCUUUUUCGGCGCUGUUGGGUAGUUGAUUCGUUUCUUCUAUUUGCUUGAUUGUUUUUAUCUUCUCUGAGACUGGCUAGCAGGCACUGCAGCACCAGGAAGGACUGCAGGAGCCGUGAAGGGUAGGGCAUGAGGACCCAGGGGCGAGCCAGCGGAAGGGCUUGAGCUACCAUUGCUGCCCCUGCUGCUGCUGAGGUGCUUAUCUUGAUUUUUUUUCUCCAGAAAGGGCGGCUGGUUGGGGUGGGUUGUGACAGUGCAGGUACUCAGGACCCUGCAGAGCGGCGUGGGUGGCUCUGGCAUAGAGAAGCCAGGCAGGGAGGCAGGACGUCCUGUGGGAAAGGAGGAGAGAAGAGAAGAAGAAGAGCUGGCUCAGGCUCGGGCCCCUGAUGGUGGCUAUUUUUAUCUCCCCUAGCUGAGUGAUUGGGGACAGCCGGUAAAAGGAAAGAUGCUUAUGGGUGCGGGACGAGACACGGCGCGGGAUGAGGCCCAGAAGCUUCACCGGAAAUGGCUGAAGCACCAGGCCUUCAUGACCGAGCUGGCCCGCAACAAAGAAUGGCUGGCCAAGAUAGAGCAGGAGGGUCAGGAGCUGAUCGAUGAGAAGCCGGAGCUGCGUUCGGUGGUGCAGCAGAAGCUGGAGGAGAUCAGGGAGUGCUGGACGGACCUGGAGAGCACCACCAAGGCCAAGGCCCGGGCUCUGUUUGAGAACAACAAGCCAGAGCCGGUGGUGAAGAGCUACUCAGACCUGGACCACCAGCUCUCUGGCCUGGAGAAACAGCCCCCUCAGCUGGAGCAGGCUCACCAUCUGCCCACCUUCAAUGAGCAGCUGCAUAAAUUCCAGUCUCAGAUGGGGGACUUGUACAAGGACGUAGGGGAACUAGGAUCCCUCCAGGGGGUGUGCCUCCCCCAGCGAGGCAGCCUGGUGAAAGCCGGGGAGGGAGAAGGGGGCGAGCAGCCAGCUGUGGUGGAGACCCGCAUCGUGCGCCUCAUCGAGCCCCUGAAGGAGAGACGUCGCAUCCUGCUGGCCUCCAAGGAGAUGCAUCAGGUCGCCCAGGACCUGGAGGAAGAGAUACUGUGGAUCCAGGAGCGGCUUCCUCUGGCUUCCUCUAAGGAUUACGGCAACAACCUGCAGAGUGUUCAGCAGCAUGUCAAGAUCAACCAGACGCUGCAGAGGGAUCUGCAGGGUCGCCGAGCGCGGGUUGAGGAGGUGUUGGACCGGGCGGGGAUCAUCGCCUCUCUGCGGACCCCCGAGGUGGACUUUGUGCGCGAGGGGGCAGGGCACGUGCGUCAGCUUUGGGAGGUGCUGAGGCUAGAGGCGGAGAGGAGGUCUGUGAUGCUGGAUGUGGUGCUGCAGGCCCAGCAGUACUACAGCGAGGCGGCCAAGGUCGAGUCCUGGCUGGCAGGCCAGAAACUGCACCUCAUCAGCGAGGAGAAGGGUAUGGACGAAGCAAGCACCCUGCAGCUGCUGAAGGAGCACCUGGCCUUGGAGGCGAUGGUGGAGAACUACGCUGAGACAGUGGGCAUGCUCUCCCAGCAGUGUCAGAGGCAGCUGGAACUGGCACACCCAGACAGUGAGGGGAUCACCAAGCAGCAGUCCCACAUAGACCGUCUGUACGUGUCUCUGAAGGACAUGGUGGAGCACAGGAAGACCAAGCUGGAGCAGCAGUAUUGGAUGUACCAGCUCAACAGAGAAGUGGAGGAGUUAGAGAAGUGGAUCACUGAGCGGGAGGCCGUUGCCAGCUCCACUGAGCUGGGCCAAGACCUGGAAGAUGUCACGAUGCUACAAGAAAAAUUCACCAAGUUCUGCUCAGAGACCAACAGCAUAGGCCAACAGAGGAUGGAGCAGGUGAAUAAGAUGGUGAACGAGAUGAUAGACUGCGGCCACACGGACGCGGCCACCAUCGCUGAGUGGAAGGAUGGACUGAACGAGUCAUGGGCCGACCUACUGGAGCUCAUGGAAACCCGAGGACAGAUGCUGACAGCAUCAUACCAGCUGCACAAGUUCUUCACUGACUGCAAAGAGGUCUUGGUUCAGAUUGCGGGGAAGAUGAGGCAACUACCAGAGGUGAGGGCGUGCCAAGCCAGCAUCGCCAACCCGGCCACGCUGCAGAGGCUCAUGCGCUCGUUUGAGCACGCCCUCCAGCUGCUUGUCUCACAGGUAAGGCAGCUGCAGGAGAACGCAGCCCAGCUGAGGGCCAUCUACGCCGGGGAAAAGGCAGAGGCCAUAAUGAGCAAGGAACAGGAAGUGAUGUCAGCAUGGAAGGAGUUGCUGGUUUCCUGUGAGGCCAGUCGCGUGCAGGUCACAUCGGUGACAGACAAGGUCCAGUUCUUCUCAGUGGUGCGUGAGCAUCUCAUGUGGAUGGAAGGCAUCAUGGGACAGAUUGGAGGGGACGACCCCAGGGAUUCGUCCUCUGCGGAGGUGAUGAUGAAACAACAUGGUGAGCUGAAAGCCAAGAUGGACGGCCGCAGUAAGACCCUACAACAGUGUGUCGAGCUGGGAAAGAUCCUGUUGGCCGCAGGCAACCCAGCAGCUGAGGAGAUAAAGGAGAAGUUGGACACACUCCUGGCUAAGCAGAAGGAUCUCUCUGAGAGAUGGGACAAACACCAGGAAAAGCUACAGCGCAAGAAGGAUCAGUUCCAGUAUGCCCAGGAGACGGUGAAGGCGGAGGCCUGGCUGAAGGCCAAGGAGCCGCUAAUCAACUCCAGCUCCAACUCCAGGGAGGCUGGGGGUGCUGGAGGAGAGGCCCAGGCUCAGACUGACGAGGUGGAGCAGCUCAUCCUCCGCCACGAGGCCUUCCGUAAGGCUGCAGCCACCUGGAAGGAGCGCUUCAGCUCACUGAGACAGCUCUCCAACGCAGAGAAGCUGAGAGAAGAACAGAGCAGCAAGCCUGCCCCAACACCACUCUCCAGUCGGAGGAUGUUCCCAUCGUCCUGCCUCACUCCGACCUUUCCCCUUGCUACCUCAACUCUGCUGAGGCAGACGGUCCAGCUGCAUAUUGAGCCCAGGCCCAAGCAGACUAGUCUGGGGAUGGCUGCCUCUGCCUCCACUGCAGCCCAGAGGUUGGGUUCUACCAUUGCCAGCUACAUUCCUGUCAUGAAUGGCUCCAGUUACCAUGGACUGGACCAUCAGAGCAGCAGCGGGGGGUUGGAGAGUUCUAACUACCCUGGGCUAAACCAUCAGGCCGGUGGAGGUGUGGACAGCAGCUCCAGUUACCUUGGAGUGAACCAUCAGACUGCCCCUCCGCCAGUGGAUAGUUCUGGCUACCUUGGACUGAACCAUCAAAGCAGUGGGGGUAUGGUUAGUCCAGGCUACCUACCUCAAAAUCAAAGUAGUGGGAGUAUGGGUAGUCCAGGCUACCUACCUCAAAAUCAAAGUAGUGGGGGUAUGGGUAGUCCAGGUUACCUGCCGCAAAAUCAAAGCAGUGGGGGUAUGGGUAGUCUAGGCUACCUGCCGCAAAAUCAAAGUAGUGGGGGUACAGGUAGUCCAGGCUACCUACCGCAAAAUCAAAGUAGUGGGGGUAUGGGUAGUUCAGGCUACCUGCCGCAAAAUCAAAGUAUUGGGGGUAUAGUUAGUCCAGGCUACCUUGCGCAAAAUCAACACAGUGGUGGUAUGGGUAGCUCAGGCUACCUUGCACAAAAUCUAAGUAGUGGGAGUAUGGGUAGUUCAGGCUACCUGGCUCAAAACCAUCAAAGCAGUGGUGGUAUGGGUAGUUCAGGCUACCUGGCUCAAAACCAAGGUAGUGGGGUUAUGGGUAGUUCAGGCUUCCUUGCGCAAAACCAAUGUAGUGGGAUUAUGGGUAGUUCAGGGUACCUUGCGCAAAAUCUAAAUAGUGGUGGUAUGGGUAGCUCAGGCUACCUUGCACAAAAUCUAAGUAGUGGGGGUAUGGGUAGUUCAGGCUACAUUGCACAAAACCAAGGUAGUGGGUGUAUGGGUAGUUCAGGGUACCUUGCGCAAAUCCAAGGUAGUGGAGGUAUGGGUAGUUCUAGCUAUCUGCCUCAAAGCGGUGGGGUCAUGGACCCCAAAAUGGCAUAUGCGUGGCAGCAUCUGAAAGCCGACUGCAUGCAGCCCAGGAUCAACCAUAUCCACAAGGCUGUCAACCCCCUCCUGGAGGCCAGCAGGGCGCAGAGGGAACAGUUUGGGGACAUCCCCAUGGUAGACAUGAUCGGGCCAGAGUCCGGCCUGGAGCUCCUCCAUGGCAGGCUUCAAAGGGACCCCCGCGGCAGCCGCUCCGACCCCCAGAUGGACCACCUGCGGCGGGAGAGGGAGUACAAGCUGGGCCGCCAGACCUCCAGCGAACAGGAGAUCCAGGCACGGCUCAACGAGCUGCCAAUGAUCGUGCGUCAGGAGCGCUAUAGGCGACGCCUGGAGAGACAGUCGUCCAGCGAGCAGGAGGGCAGUGGGAAGGCUAGGACACCGAGGCAGGACGACUCCAGCGACAUGGAGUCAGCCAAGGAAGGCUCUGACAAACGCUCAACAGAGAAGAGAGCCACCACAAUGGCUGAGAUUGUGGAGCAGGCCCAGGAGAGAGAGGCAGCACAAGCCAGAGGGGAGACGUACCGCCCCACCAGCAGCCUCUCAGCACCCGUGACCUACGAGCGCCCGCGCGCCCGAGACCGCCCCAAACCCCGCAGGAGACCCCGCCCCAAAGAGCCUGAGGAGAAGCGACGCUCUCGCUCGGCUCCAGCCCAGAGUCCGGCGCAACUCUUGCCGCCCUCACACACUGCCCAUAACGAAGGCUUCCUGUACCGCAAACACGACUUUGAGGGCCAGCAAAAGAGUCCCAGCAGUAAGUCGUGGGUGAACUUGUAUUGCGUGUUGUCAAAAGGAGAGAUCAUUUUCUACAAGGACGCCAAGAGCAUCACCACACCUUACAAUGAAGAAACCCCACUCGACCUGAGCGUCUGUAUAUGUGAUAGCACCAUGGGAUACAAGAAGAAGAAAAAUGUCUUCGUUAUCAAGAAAAAUGAUGGCAAUGACUAUAUUUUCCACGCAAAGGAUGAGGAGGACCUGAAGGCUUGGGUCACUAACAUCACCACCAGUAUAACUGAACACGAGGAGAUCGCCAAGUGGGACAAACCCACAACCUCGUCCACAGAUCCUGACCGCUCGGAGAGGAAAGAGAAGUCAGAGGGUGACGCAGAUGCCAGGUCAGAGAGAUCUGAGAUGGGAGGAGAGGUGGAGGAGGAAGAGAGGUCCGAGAAGGAUAGGUCUGAGAAGAGAGAGGGGUCCGAGAAGACAGGCGAGGGCUCCGAGAAGGCAGACACGUCGGAGAGGGGUGAGAUGGCAGAGGGAGGGGCAGGGGGCUCCAGCACGUCAGGGAAGAGCAAAUGAUCCCCGCUAAGUGGAGGAGUGGACUGCAUCCAACCAUCUGCCCGCUCCAUCCUAACAUUACCCUAAGACACCAGACGGUGGUGAGCAAGCGAGACGGAGGGAGAGUGUGUGCAUUUUUGUGCAUAUCUUCUCUCUCUUUCUCUCUCUCUAUAUAUAUCUCUCUGUCUCUCUCUCUCCCUGUGACAUCCUGAGGCUUGGGUCCUUGGACUACCUAUUGUUAACUGUGACAGACUGAUCUUUCAGCCUCUAUCCCAUGCAAAAUACAUCAAUGCUUGUAUUGCAUUUUGGCCCUUGCUGGUAGGUUGGAGGAUGGUGGAGAUGAACCAGCUCCACCGUGUGGUCACAGGCAUUCGUCAAAGUCACAACUCAUUGAUAAUUUAUCUCUUGGAUUCACAGCAUCUCUCAGUAUAUAUAUAUAUAUAAUAUACCUAUGACUGACUAUGUAAUGCUUUAGAAAAUCCCAAGCAACGGUGAAUGAAAUGUCUCACAAUAUUUUGAAAAAGCUUUUUUUCUGAAGCAAUAUACUUUUUUAUUUCUUAUCUUUGUUUGAGAGAGAGGGAAAGGAGACAAGAAACAGUUACUUAUUAUUAAUUAUAUGAUUGGUCACAUUCAUCAUCAGCUUGUAUCCAGCAGGUCAGCAGCACCUUAAACACUUUCAACACAUCUGUGUAUACUCAGCAUAUUGACAUUUCAAACUCACCUCAUCUCUAUAUCUGAGUCAUGCUGUCAUGAUGGAAUGCUGGUAUUACCUAUGUGUGUUAAUAAUGGAAUUGAUCAACACACGUGUUUCUCUUCUGAACUUUUGGAUUAAUUGUGCACAGGCCCAUGGCAUGCCAGGAGUAAAGGUGAACUAGGGUUGCCAACUUAAGCAAAACUCAAUCACCCCCAAGAGUCUAUUUGAGGAGGCAAUGCCAAACUUAACCCACUUGUAGUGCCAGGCCUGUGUCUACAUCUCACUUAUUAAAUCUAACCAUCCAUGGCAUGACAUUGUAUAGUGCACCUUUUACUUUAAUGAAAAGUAAUGUUCUUCAUGGUCUUGAAGUUGACCAGUUCUGAAAUGAAUUUGGCUGUGCAAUAAUUUCAUCUAAAGGAAAGUACUGUGUAAAAUGCUAACAUCAUGGUAUAAUUCUGGAAUCCUGAAGAACGUUCUAAAGGCUUCUCUUCGGGGAUCUUAAACUCUCCCCACAUGAAGUAUGGUGAUAGGAAGAUAUGUUUUAACGACAGAGCAGAGAAAGUUCUCCGCAUUACAAGCCCAAGUCAGACAUCCUUCAUGCUUCUUUCGAAUUCUAUUUGAUCUGAGACAAGAAGCAGUAUAACCUCAUUGCUGUUUUUAUUAUAUUACUGCAAUAUAUUUCAUAAGGGUUGUAAUUGUUGCACUAGUGAAAAUACAAUAGUAAUCAAUAUUAGAUGAACCUCAGAAUAUAUUAUUAAACUUCUCCGUCCCUUUUUUCUUUCACUCUGAGUUGAAACCAAUAGAAAACGAUUGUCAGUCAGAAGGGAUUUAUCUAGUCAUGAAAUUGUACAUAAGCUACAUGGCUAAAAGUAUGUGGACAAAGGCUCCUUAGUGUGCAGCGAUCUAAGGCACUGCAUCUCAGUGCUAGAGGCG